CAAGAAUCCCAAGCAUGCUCAAGUGCUGGCUGAAUCAGGAAUUCAGUAUGAUGGGCCUCUAAACCCUGGCCAGGUUGCAGCUAAUCUUGCUGAGCGCAUUCAGCGUGCAAAGCAGAAAACGCAGGCAGCCCAGGAACUUGCACAGCAACAGAAAAUAUUACACCAACAGUUGCAGCAGCAGCAGCAACAACAGCAGCAACAACAACAGCAGCAGCAGCAGCAACAACAGCAACAGCAACAAAACUUACAAGCACAGCUUACUGCAAAUCAACUGCAACAGCAGCUGCAACAGCAACAGAACCAGCAAAGUCCAGUUCAGCAACAAACAGCACAGUCCCAGAGCCAGCAGUUGGGGCAGCAGCAGAUCCAGCAGCAAGUGUCAGUGGUGGGAAGCAGUGGUGUGCAGCAGGUGGUUAGCAGUGGCCUGGCUAGCAAGGCUGCCUCUUCAGUAGUCCUCAGCCAGGGCACAGCCAUGACUGUGGCCACAGUGACAGCUGCUACGACAGGAAUCACCACCACAGCUGUAACGUCUUCAGCAGCAGCUGCCAUUUUAAGUGGUGUGCGCACUGCUGUUGGAACUUCAGGUGCUAACACUGGCAGAACAACACUUACUCUGCAAGAACUCCAAGUUCGUACCUCAGGAAGUAACCAAGGCACAGUUGUCAGUGUGGCUGGCUUGACCCAAGCACAGUUACAGACAGCAAAACUCUCCUCUCAGUCAUCCACACAGAAAGGUUUAACAGGGGUCUCACGAUCUCUUACUCCAGCACAACUGCAGUACCUGAAACAGCAAGCCCAUGCUAGGCAUGCUUUGGCUUUGCAGCAGCAAGGAAAGGUAGUAACUACUGGAGACCAGGCCAUCAAACGAGUCCAGAUUGCAGGACAGGCUGGAACAACAACUCAAAAGGUACAAGUUGCUGUAUCUGGAGGGACCUUGGCUGGUAUGACAGCUAUACAGGUGAGUCAAGCUGGACGGACACAGCUAGUGAAACCUGGGACAGUUGUGGCUGGUGCCAGUGGUGUUGUGACGACAGGAAAAGCCGUGACACGAACUGUGACCGACCGGGAAGUUGCUGCCUUCAUCAAGCAACAACAGCUUAAUAAGUCUGGCCAAGUGACUCAGGUGCAGGUACCAUCAGCACAGUUACUAGCAGGUCUUCAGGUGCAAGGUGGGGCGAGUGGAGGAGGCACCCCUGUAGCCACACUUGUGAAGACUGUCAGUGCUCCAUCCACCUUAGUGCACACACCCACAUCAGUGACUCUUCCUGCUUCAGCUAUAAAUGUAACACUCCCUCAAGCCCGAGUGACAACUGCUGCCACAGUAGCAAAGGCUAACACCACACAGCAGACUGUACGUAAUAUCUCCUUGCCACAACAGUUGUUAGCUAAGCAUCGAUCGUUGGUCGGGGUGAAAGGUCCUGUUGGCCUACAGUUGGGUGGGAAAGCUGUUGGUGGCACUGGUCUAAGCACAGUGCAGAUAGUGCAAGGUGGCAGUCAGAAGCAGAUGUCCCAUGUCACUGUUCAGCAGAUCCAGCAGGUCUUUAAACAGGUUCCACAGACCAUUCAACAUAUUACACAGGGUGGGACAGUAAGUGGCACAGUUGUAGGGAAGGCAGUAGCAGGAGGAAGUGUAUCAGGGACAAAUGUGACAGCAUCUGGUGCCCAGGGAAUUACCACCUCACACAGCACGAAGCUUGUUCCUAUGACUGUUGCCUCUCACCAGCACCAGCCUCAACCCAUAAAGCAGACCAUUCAGGUCGUAUCUGCUGGGUCUUCUGUGGUUGGAGGCAAUUCAGGCAUCCGUGUUAGUGCUGGCGAACGUUCCUCCCCCUCGGCUCUGGCACUGCAGGCUGGCAAGAUGACGAACCCAGCAAUCCUGUCACAGGUGUCUGCAGCACUUCAGGGCCAGCCCAUGUCUGUAGCAGUGAGGACACCCACGCAGAGUCCUGUCAGAAUACAGACAUCAGCCCUGCAGACACAGCAAACAACCCAGACACAGCAAGGACAACAGCAGACUCAGCAACAAGGACAGCAGCCAGGCGGGAGUCAGUAAACAUGACUGCUGCUGUGUCAUGACAUGUGAAUUGAGGAUUUGACAAUAUUAGUAGUGUAUUUUUUUAUGAUUAUUAUUAUUAGACUUUGUCAACAUUAUUAGCGGAUUUUUUUAUUAUGAUUAUCAUCAGUCAUUGUAAUCAUUACUGAAAUGACUUAUAAUUAGUGAUACAUAUUUAUUGUAUUAACAAUAAUUUGUAUUGUCAUAUGUACAUAUUGCCAUUAGCAUUUCUUGAUCAUCAUUAUAUGUAUAUGUAUGUAAUGAUGAAUAUGUGAAUAAAUGUGAAUAAUUUGCAAUGCAAAUACAAAAAACUAAACAAAAAAAUGUAUAAUGUUCUCCAUUUUGACAUUUUAUGUCAUCACUGUGUAUAUGGGUUACCUCAGACCAAUAUUUGAUUUAAGGUGGGACAGAUUAUCAUAAUCACUAUCAUUAUCACUAUCAUUUUCCACCAGUAACAUUAGGUGUGGUAUUUUUUAAUGUUCAUAAAUUGGAAAUUGUGAUGACUCAAUGGAGUUAAUGUUGUUGUUUUUUCUUUUUUUCUUUUUUUUUUUCUCUCUCUCUUGGAAAAGGAUUAACAGCAAGUUGCAUGCUUAUGCCACACAUGCAAGUCUGGUGCUAGUACCACACGCACAUUGGCUAUUGGAGCUGAUGUGCAUGUAGAGCAUCCCAUUGGAUGUAGCCAUGUAACAUCCAGUGCCUAUUGUCUGGUUCAGUGUGGUACUGGUAGACAUCCAUAUCUGGUGCCCAAUCAGGUGUGGUGUUCAUUAGGUAUAAUGCAUAUGUACUUGGCUUGAAAUUUAUUUGAUUACAGUUACGGAAGUCCUUAUGAGUAAAAUUAUUUUAUAUUUAUAAAUAUAUGCUUUGAAGAUAAA